CAGUCCCAGGGUUCCCUAGUUACUAUCUGCAAGCACUGAAAUUGGUGUUUGGAGAAAGGGAUUAAGGCUUUUCAAAAUAACAGCUUUUUUGCAAAAACAGGUCAAGACAGAACUUUUCUCUGGUGAACAAGUGUGCAGAUUGUGACAUAUGUCAAUCCAAGAAAUAAAUAAACAUGUAGUUCUCCCUCCCAUCAUUAGUAGAAGUGACCAGGAAUUUUUGGAAAGUAUACAAAGAUACAUAAUUACAGAAACCGAAAGAGUGGGCUGUAAUGAGGAAGGACCUGCUGAUGAAUAUUACAUCAUAUACCAAAACGUUUUUGAUAAGGUAAUAGAAUAUGUCACUGCAUAUAAAUCCAUUCUUGCUUCAAUCAAAAAAGAAUAUGAUACCUUUAUUGAAACAAUAAAGAAAGACCGAAGAACUGCAUUUUGUCUUCAUGGAAAACUUAAAGUGUUGGCAGCAGAGCCCACAGCACUGAUUUAUCACAAGAAAAGAAUAGUCCAACUUGAAGCAAAAAUGAGAGCUAUUGAAAAUAAUUCCACCAAGACUCAAGUGCAAAUAGACAAAAUGAAACAGCUUAGGGCAGAGUAUGACACAAAAGAAGUAAAAUAUUGUUCUUUCUCCAAAGAUCCUUCAACACCUAUUCCAGGCAUGACUCUCCAAGAGUCCGUCAGUCUGGAUGCUCUCACUAAAUACCUGAAAUACCUUGAAGAUAAAUAUUCAGAAAUUAAGCGAACUAUGUUGAUAAAAUACAUACCAGUUCAGAGGAAGGCUGACUUAGAUGAGGAAAUGAUUGUGUUAUUAAAACGACGUGAUGUAGCUGAAAAUCUGAACAAAGAGUUACAGUUUCGUCAUCAAAGACUGCAAAUUAUUUCAAAUGCACUUACUUCCUGGUUAAAAUCUGAUAUGAACAACUCAUUUCCAGACUUCGUGGAGCAAAUUCAGAAAACCAAAGAUUUACAUGGUGACCAAGGCAUUGUCGAGGAGUUACUUGAAGAUGAUCCAAACAGGGCAAAAGAAGCUGAAAUUUUGCUUUACUAUAUUGAAAGGUUCAAUGACUUAAUCUCACUUGGUGAAUAUGAAAAGGCAGCUGUUUUUGCAGCGAACAGUCCUAGAAGAAUUCUUCAAAACAUUGGCACAAUGAAUAAAUUUAAGGCUGUUGGAAAAAUUAAAGGAAAGCCUCUUCCAUUACUGUUAUUUUUUGAAGCUCUCUUUAGCACAAGUCAUGCCUUCAGACGUCCUAUUGAUGCAGAUUUAACCCUGGAAGGAAUCAAAUGUGGAUUAUCUGAAAAACGGUUAGAUUUAGUUAUCCACUGGAUUACCCAGGAAAGGCUGACGUUUUCCGAGGAAGUUGGGGAUGUGAUUUGUGAUUUUGGGGAGCAGGAUACUUAUAACAGAUCCAAGUGCCUGGCUUUAGCUCAAAUGAUCUACAGUGCAUGUGGCCUGCACCAGAAAGUUCUUCUUUGCAUGUGUAAACAGGGUCAAAUUUAUGGGGCCGUGGAAUAUGUACAACAAUUCAAGGACUUUACUUCUGAUGACCUGUUGGAGCUAAUAAUGUUAUGUCCCCAAACGGAAUUAAUUCAGUGCCUCACUAAAGAAUGGAAUGGGAAACCACCAUCUUUAUCUUUGGGUCUUGCCAUACUUCAUCUGUUUUCUGUAGAUAUGAAAAAAGUUGCCAUUAAGCUACUUCAAGAAAUGAAUAAAGGUGGGAAAGAUGCAACUGAACAUCUUAUCAUAAAUGAUCCAUUGUUCUGCCUAGAAAGGUGGCAAGAAAUGGCAAAUAUAUGUUUACAGAUUGGCUUUGACAAAUUAUCUGAUGACAUCAUGUCCAUUCUUCGAUCUCAGGCUGGAGUUAUAGAAAUUUCUAAAGAGGAUGAUACAGUCAACUUAAUGGAACAUGUUUUUUGGUAGUUCUGUAUCUUAAACAUUUGAGGGAGCUUGUGUAACAUUUUAUUUAUGUUGGUAGGGUAAACUGGUCUUGGCAUUACUAAUUUAUAAAUAAAUCUAGAAGAUGGAGCCCUCAGAAACAAAUCAUACUUCUUUGUUGUGACAACAUUUAGAUUUGUCCUUGAUACAUUUAUACCAUUGCUUUCUUUUUUUCAUAUGGUUAUUUCUUAUACUGAACCUCUAUAAAAUCCAAUAAUUUAAUUUUGUGUAAAAUUGAAUGUAGACAUUUCUAUCUAAGGAUCUAAGCUGAUGUCCAGACACAUUUCUCUCUGGUGAUCCGUUUGAUAACAAGAACUGAGGAAUGUGUGGGUAGUAUCCUGUCCAUUAGACUGUCUUCCCAAAUAUCAAAUGCUACAAACCUGACUUUUGAUAUGAGAAGCCAGAUGUCAUUUCAAGGUUGAACUCUUUGGUGAGAACCUAGAGUUCAGUAAUUUUGUACUGCUGAUUUAAGGAAGUGACACAUGCUUUAGUAUAUACAUAUGGCAAAGGUUAAACACAAAGAAGAACUAUAAAAACUAGAAUCUUGACAUGUUC